ACGUACGAAUGACAGAGACACCGUUCAGCUGAUCACAGCUCUUCAGCUCGGCCCUGAAAUGAAACAGGAGUACCAGGAUCUCGUCCUGCAGGCGUGUGGUGCUUCAUCUCUGCGUGUCGGUGCAAAGAUCCAGACUCUGUGGAGCGGCUACGGGGAGAUAGUCAGGCUGCACCUGGAGGGCUGCGACCGGCCCUCUGUGGUCGUCAAACAUGUCAAAUUUCCGGAGGAGGCCGAGCACCCCGGCGGCUGGAACACAGAUCGAUCCCACAGACGUAAAGUGAGAUCCUACCAGGUGGAGACGCACUGGUACCAGAACUAUUCCACCAAUCAGAGCUGUCGGAUCCCUGCCUGUCUGGCUGCCUGUUCCCAUGGAGACGAGAUGCUGAUUGUCCUGGAGGAUCUGGAUGUGGUUGGUUACGAUCAGAGAAGGACCAGUGUGAAGGACCGAGAAAUAAAGGCCUGCCUCAGCUGGCUUGCCCACUUCCACGCUCUCUUCCUGGGCGUGGCGCCAGAGGGCCUGUGGCCCGUCGGUACCUACUGGCACCUGGAGACCCGUCCAGACGAGCUGGAGGCCAUGGACGACGCCAAUCUCAAAGCGGCCGCUGGCAACAUUGACAGGAUACUCAACGAAUGUCGCUUCAAGACCGUCGUUCACGGAGACGCCAAGUUGGCCAACUUCUGUUUUUCCCAGAGUGGACAGGAUGUGGCAGCUGUGGACUUCCAGUAUGUGGGCGGGGGAUGUGGGAUGAAAGAUGUUGUGUAUUUUUUAGGAAGCUGCAUGGAGGAGAGGGAGUGUGAAAAGAGAGUACCGGGCCUGCUGGACUUCUACUUCACAGAAUUAAAGCGAUCUGUGAAGAAGGAUGUGGACUUUGCUGCUUUGGAGGAAGAGUGGAGGGAGAUGUUCGCAUUCGCUUGGACUGAUUUUCAUCGUUUUCUCCUGGGGUGGAUGCCCGGACACUGGAAGAUCAACCGCUACAGUAAACAGCUGACCAAGGAGGUUCUGAACAAACUGAGACUGUAAGCUGGAGCACGGUUUCACAAACACUGAAGCAUGUUUAUCAAGCACUUCUGGAUUAAUAAAGGUUUUUCUGAAAGUUCACACAAA